GCAGUGAGUGAGUGGGUGGCGGGAAGGAGUGAAGCGAGUGAAGCAGAGAGAGGGACCGUACCGAGGCGGAGACGGAAGAUGGUUUGGACGAUGGUUCAGUUCGGUUCUGGUGGUGAGAUGGGCUGGAAGGCUGUGGCAGGAGGUGGCGCGGCGCUGGGACGCGUGGUGGCGGUGGUGGUGGCGGUCCUCUUACACCUUCGCACCACCUCUGCCACUGUACUCUCCAACUCCCGGCCUCUGCUCGGCGCCCUGCAGGACAUCGGGGGCCCGGAACUCCCACAGGCGGGGCUGGCGGGCGAUGUAGUGGUGCAGGCUCUAUCAGCGGACGGACAGACCAGAUUUACACCAGCACCAGCAGGAUUUGGAGCGAUAGGAGGUGGAAUUGGAAGUGGAGCAGGAGUAGGAGCAGCACCACAACCAGGGGACUAUGAGGCAGCGCUGCGGGCCGGAUCACUAGCAGCCCAGCAGAUGAUACAGGAGGAGCAGGCGCCAGUCGCCCCUGAGGCUUCCUUCGAUGGUCUGAGAGGUGCGGCGGGGGCCUUUGCUGGUGGGAUUGGGGUGGGCUUUGCUGAUGGACCUGCUGGUGUGACUGGCGGAGCAGGGAGGGCUAGCAGACUGGGCUUGAUUCACUUCACUUUCAGGAAAACCCAGCCCAUCGCCAAGAGCAUCUCCGCCUGCAGAGGUGUCGCGCUACUCGAAGCCUCCAAGUUUUUUGUCGACACGUCCAACAUCAGCGUGGCACAGGCUCAAGCGUCCCUGGAACAGCUCAAUACCCUGGAGGACUUGAACAUCUGCAGGAGUACUGUGGUGCCGGAGUGUCAGGUUGGGGCUCCAGGAACACUCGCGGCGGCUUUCUCAGGGGAGGCUCGGGGGGUGAAUGAUCCCUCCCAGCCCCGCUCCCCUGUGUGUGACCCCUUUGCCCCUUACAGAACCGUUGACGGGACCUGCAAUAACCUGAAUAAUCCUCUGUGGGGGUCUGCCAGGAUUCCCUUCGUCAGGUUCCUCUCCCCUGCUUACGAAGAUGGUGUGGACGAGAUGCGAGGUGAGGGCAGGCCGCCGGGAUUUGAGCUGCCGUCUGCUCGUAUCGUGAGUGUGGCUCUGCAUGGGCUGGGGUCGCUGCCACCUGGGCCCUCCACGCCACGCCCCUCGCUGCUGCUCAUGCAGUGGGGACAGUUCCUGGAUCACGACUUUGUGCACACUCCCGAGGCUUCUGGAGUUGAGAAUGGGGAGACAGUACCCAUCACCUGCUGCGAGGACGGCGUGACGGAGGUCAGCCCUAAUGACCCUGGGAACGACUGCCGCCCGAUUGAUGUGUCCCAGGACCCGCUCUCCACCGCCCAGGGCCGCAGGUGUAUGAGAUUCGUCAGGUCCCUUGUGGCCAGCAGGGAGUGUCUCGUGGGUCCUCGUGAGCAGAUGAACCAGGUGACCGCUUACAUAGACGGCUCCGGCAUCUACAGCUCCUCGGACACCGCCGCGCUGGAGCUGAGGACACACGAGGGAGGGCUCCUUGACUCCUCCGCCAACCCGCUGCCCAGGGAGGGAGCGCGGCCCUUCCUUCCCAGAGAGGAGUGCGAACAUUCACAGGACAGUGUGUGCUAUAUUGCAGGGGACGAGCGGGUGAACGAGCAGCCAGCCCUCACCUCCAUGCACACACUGUGGCUCAGAGUGCACCAGAUGACCGCCUCCAAGCUGGCAGCCAUCAACCCACACUGGGACGACGAGACGCUGUACCAGGAAGCCCGCAGGAUCGUGGGAGCGCUCCUGCAGCAGAUAUCCUACAACGAGUUCCUUCCUGUGGUGAUUGGCGACUCUCAGGUACGGCGCUUCAACCUCCAUUCCGCCCCUGGACACGACAACACCUAUGACUCCACAGUGGACGCCUCAAUAGCCAACUCCUUCGCCACCGCCGCCUUCAGGUUCGGCCACACCCUCGUCAAGGACAUCUUCCAGGGAUCCAGGGGUCGUGAAGUGCCCCUAGUUGGUAGCUUUGAUGACCCACACGCGCUAAGGGAGCCAGACACGGGCCCCUCUGACCUGCUAGCGGGCGAGGCGGGGGUUGAUGCUGAGCCCAUUGAUGCCUUCCUGGUCACCUCGCUCUCGCAUCUCCUCUUCGCUCAGCAGGGAGACGCUCUGGGCUUCGAUCUCAUGGCUCUUAAUAUACAGCGCGGACGAGACCACGGGCUGCCUGCCUACACCACUUGGCGUCAGGCGUGUGGCCUCAGCGUGCCCUUCACCUUCGGGGCCCUCGCUGGUAUCAUGCCCUCGUCCUACGUGGAUCUGUUCGCCUCCACCUACAGCCGAGUGGAGGACAUAGACCUGUUCCCGGCGGGCCUGGCGGAGACCCCAGCCCCCGGUAGUCUGCUGGGACCCACCUUCUCGUGUCUUCUGGCGCAGCAGUUCUCCAACGCGAAGCACGGUGACAGAUACUGGUACCAGAACCCCAACCAGCCCCACCCCUUCACGCCGGAGCAGCUGGCCAGUCUGGGCAGGGUGACGCUGGCUGGCAUCAUGUGUAGCCACCUGCGCCUCACACACCUGCAGCCGCACGUCUUCCUCGCCGUCUCCUACAUCGAAAAUCCAGUUAUUCCAUGCUCGCAAUACAACCAGCUGGACUUGAGCGCUUGGAGGGACACGACCACACCCACCCCAGGCCCCAUCACCCCAGGCCCCAUCACCCCAGGCCCCAUCACCCCAGGCCCCAUCACGCCAUACCCCAUCACGCCAGGCCCCAUCACGCCAGGCCCCAUCACUCCCUUCCCCAGACCUAUAGAGUGCAUGGGCGUGGGCAUCUGGGGAGUACUGCCUGGGAUGAACGAGUGGUGUUUGCUCAAUUGUCUCCACCACCCCGCCUACUGCCCCCCGUCCCACUGUGUCUGUCGCUCCCAUGCCUCCUCUCCUCAGCAGACGCCCUUCGUCCUGCAACAGCGCAGCUACGGCUAGUCAACGCCCCACCACCACCACCAGCAGUAGUAGCAGCUUUCAUCACUCAUCAUCGCCGCCAUAACUGUUGCCAUUGUUAUUGUGUUCAUUAUAACUGAUAUUGUCUUUAUCUUGAUUUUUUUUCAUUGUUUUCAUUAAGGCUAUGAUUUUUCUGAUUUUUUUCUUUUUUCUUCCAUACUUUUCUAUUUUCUUUUUUCUUUCAUUUUUUUCUUUUUUUCUCGUUUUUUUUCUUAUUGAUUUUUUUUUUUUUUUUUUUCUCAGUGGUGUCUUCUUUCUCAAUGGUAUUUUUUUUUUCCCUCGGUUUUCGUGUCACUUCUUUAGUAAUUUUGAGUCCUCAUAGUCAAAUGGCUUAAGACUAAUUUUCUUCGAGAUAAUUCAGUUUCUCUUCGUGGUUUAUUCUUGUAUCAAAUUUAAGUAAUCCACUGCUUUUUAAAGGCUUUACAUUUUUGCUUCGGGAUUUUCGUAUUUCAGGUUUACAUAUUUUUCAGGCUUUAUUUACGCAAAGGGCUCAUAUUUUUUUUUUCUUCAUUGUAUCGUAAAGCAAUAUAUUUUUUUUUCCCAGUCUUCUUAAUUUAAAUGACUGAAGUUACAAGAUAGAUGAAUUACAGGUGCAAGAAUAAUCACCUGAGUUUUGUCUUUAAUUGAAUCGGGUAACUUGUAUAUUCGGACAGGUAUAACAGGUAAUUAGGUAUAAUAAGUACAGGAAUUUUGUUAAUGAUCUCUAGUUAAGGUGUCUAUAGAUUGACAGGUAGAUUCCAGGUGCAAUGUGUCUACCUUGCUGUUGAGUAGGACAGGUGUUGACAGAUGAGAUGUAAUUAACUCGAUUCUUACCUGCGCAGCAAAUGAACACUUACCCCAGUUAUCUUGUAAUUAAUCUUUCCAUUACCUGUAACCUCCCUGUGUCAGUCAGUAUGCUUCAAUUAACAAAGUGAAGCUAUUGACAGGUGAAUGAAUGUUCCAAAUUAACCUGAAUCCACUUAUAAUUAACCUGUAUUACUUAAAGUCUACCUGUGAAUCGUUACCACUUUAUAUUAACCUAAUAUACGCAUUCGGAACAGGUACUGACAGGUGAUCUCUUAAUAUUCCAACCUCACCUGCAUUACUUGUUCCAAAUGAAUCCAGAUCUACCUGUAAUUAACCUGCCUUUUACCUUAACCCUACCUGUGAAUCGUUACCACUUUAUAUUAACCCCUUCAGUACCAGGACGUGUUUUCAUAUUUAUUCCGCUUACUAUUUGGUGCUUCUGUACAGCUUCAGAAACUUAUAUUGAAGUUGAGUAGUGAGACUCUCCCCAUUAAUCUUCUGACCUUCAUAGACCUUUCCUAAUCCAAAUAAAAUCGUCCAAUCAUACCCAAAACUUCAGGUAAAAAAUAUUUUCCAGUACUGAAGAGGUUAAUCUGACUUACACUUACUGCCAGGUGAACUUUUUAAUAUUCCAACCUCACCUGCAUUACCUGUACCAAUGUGUUACCGCUCGUUAAUCGUUACCUCACAUUCGAAACCGGUAUAGACAGGUGAACUCUUCAAUACCUGUUAAUAUUCCAACCUCACCUGCAAUACCUGUACCAGUGUUGUGUUACCGCUUAGCUUAACUUAUUUAUUCCCAGAUGCAAUAUAUAACUCCCGCCUAUGCAAACUGGUGCCUGGAUAGCGUGUCCUUGCAAUGGUGACACGGGAUAUCUCAGACAGGAUGAGAGGAGUCAGGAGUUGGUCUUUCAUUAGCAGACCCUUGUACUGAAAUAAAUGUUGAAUGUUU